AUGGUGACAGGUGGAGAUCCCUCGGGCCUCCCAGGGCGCCCUGGCCUCAUCACCGAGGCAACCUCAUCACCACCCCUGGGGCCUGGCGGUGGGUUGAGCAGAAAGGGGGAAAGGCACGGGGUCGACUCUGAGUCGCUUCUGCUGGCCACCACCGCUCUGUCCCUCCACUGCCUGCCCCACCCCACACCCCCACCCAUCCCUGGGGGCUGGACAGCUGCUGGCUGGGACACUGCCGCCCGGGGCACUGUUGCCUGCGGUGCCUCUGGUCACACCGCUGUAUCCACACUGCAGGCCCUGCGCCUGAACCGCUGUGGCCCCGCUGGGAACUCACACGUCCCAGGCCUGUACGAGGCCCCGCCCCCUCGGGCCUGGCUGGCCUCGUGGGGCUCCCGUCUGGCUGUGUUGGGCAUUUGUGUUUCCUUGAGAAUUGCCGGUCUCAUCACGGACUUUGGUGGCUUUCUAGAGGAGCUGACCAGGCUGGUGUUCCCUGCAGGCAGCUUCCCAGCCUGCGGGCUCAGUCCAGGCUCUGCCCUGCUCGCUCCCCAUGAGUCACCUCUGGGAACCCUGGUCUAUCACCGGCACCCUGGCCGUGCCUUCCUGCAGCCUUCAGCUCAUUGCCUCUACAGAGCUUCCCCUGGCCUCGUGAAGCUGGGGAUUCACUGUGUCACGUGCCAGAAGGUGGCCGUCAAGAUUGUCAACCGGGAGAAGCUCAGCGAGUCUGUCCUGAUGAAGGUGGAGCGAGAGAUCGCCAUCCUGAAGCUCAUCGAGCACCCACACGUUCUAAAGCUGCACGACGUCUACGAAAACAAAAAAUAUUUAUACCUGGUGCUAGAACACGUGUCUGGUGGAGAGCUCUUUGACUACCUUGUCAAGAAGGGGAGGCUGACCCCCAAGGAGGCCCGGAAGUUCUUCCGGCAGAUCAUCUCAGCACUGGACUUCUGCCACAGCCACUCCAUAUGCCACAGGGACCUGAAGCCAGAAAACCUGCUGCUGGACGAGAAGAACAACAUCCGGAUCGCGGACUUCGGCAUGGCGUCGCUGCAGGUGGGGGACAGCCUGCUGGAGACCAGCUGCGGCCUGGGCGGGAGGCAGGGCCUGCCUGCCAUGUGCAGUUCAGCAAGGGGGCAGCAGGUGACCCGCCUGGCCCAGAACAUCCCUCAGCGCUGUGGCCAGCUAGAGCACAUUCAGAAACACAUAUGGUAUAUAGGAGGCAAGAACGAGCCGGAGCCAGAGCAGCCUGUCCCCCGCAAGGUGCAGAUCCGCUCGCUGCCCAGCCUGGAGGACAUGGACCCUGAUGUGCUGGACAGCAUGCACUCCCUGGGCUGCUUCCGAGACCGCAACAAGCUGCUGCAGGACCUGCUGUCCGAGGAGGAAAACCAGGAGAAGAUGAUUUAUUUCCUCCUCCUGGACCGGAAAGAAAGGUACCCCAGCCACGAGGACGAGGACCUGCCACCCCGGAAUGAGAUAGACCCUCCCCGGAAGCGUGUGGACUCCCCGAUGCUGAACCGGCACGGCAAGCGGCGGCCCGAGCGCAAGUCCAUGGAGGUGCUGAGCGUGACCGACGGCGGCUCCCCGGUGCCCGCGCGGCGGGCCAUCGAGAUGGCCCAGCACGGCCAGAGUAAAGCAAUGUUCAGUAAAAGCCUGGAUAUCGCUGAAGCCCACCCCCAAUUCAGCAGAGAAGACAGGUAUACACCCUGCCCACCCACCCCGCCCCCAGCCCCCAAGAUGGCAGCGGGCCUGGCGGCAGGGCUGCGCCCCUCCCGUCCAGCAAGCCGGGGGAGGGGCCCAGGAGGCGGCGUGGGGCUGCUGGGGGCCAGAGUGGUGGUGGUGGCCCAAGAUGGCUGCGGGCUCCCCAGGAAGGGACAGGAGUGCCCACACUGGGGAGUCUCGGCUCAGGGCCCGGCCUCCGAGUGCCACUCGCUCUGUGCCCCUCCCUGGCUGCCCUCCUGCUGGCACCACCCUUCCUGCAAGUCAGUGUCCAGGGGCCGCUCGCCUGUUAGAAAGUUUGUCCUGCCUCCCCCGCCCCCCGAGGUCCCCUUCGUGGCCUGCUCCCCAGCCACCUCCAUGGAGCCGGAAGCUUGCCGGAGCGCCUCUCGGCCCGGACACAUCCUCCCUCCACAGGCCGCCCCGCGGCCCAACCCCAAGACCCAGACCUUGCCGAGCAAGGCCAAGCUGACUGACAAGCCGCUGCAGGGCACCAAGUCCAACCCAUUCCCGGCUGGCACCCAGGCCCGGCCCCCUGUCCCGGGGUGCCUCAGCCCCCAGCUGGCCCUGCCCCCAGGCCCACCUGCCCUGCCGGCCCCUGCCCGGCUCCCACCCGCUGGGACUGAACCAAACACCAAAUCUGUCCCCACCAUACAGGUGACCCCUCACCCCUCUCCGAGGGGCAGUCCCCUCCCUACCCCCAAGGGGACGCCCGUGCACACGCCCAAGGAGAGCCCGGCUGGCACGCCCAACCCCACGCCACCGUCCAGCCCCAGUGUGGGCGGGGUGCCCUGGAGGACACGGCUCAAUUCCAUCAAGAACAGUUUCCUGGGGUCACCCCGCUUCCACCGCCGGAAACUGCAAGUUCCGACGCCCGAGGAAAUGUCCAACCUGACUCCGGAGUCGUCCCCAGAGUAAGUCCCCAGGUUGAGUCAGCUGUUACCUCCCUCCCGGUGCCUGGAUGCAGACUGUGGGGCCGUGGGGGAUCCUCCCACGUGUCAGGCCAGGGGGAUCCAUGGAGGGCUAUGGAGCCCUCUGGUCCUUCUCUUUAUGGCCAUCUGCUUGUCCCCGGGCCCCUCUCAGUGCUGGUAUCCCUGCAUCUCCACCUUGAGUGCCAGGCUGGGGG